UUUAAUGUGAUAUUAGAAUUUUUAUGAAUUGACCGUCGACUCUCCUUGUAAAAUUAUGACCGUUCUUUUCAGCAAAGGAACACCUUUUGAAGCCGACACUCUAGACUACACUAUUCAUCGGUAGAACCACAUCUCUUCCUUCGAGGAAGAGAGAAUCUCCUUUCUUCUCCACUUCAUCAAAGCUGUCUGCUAAUGAUGCCUAUUAUAAACCUCGAAUAUCGCAAAUACCCAUUAUUCUUACAGCUGUUCUUUCUUGUAUUCCUCUAAAUAUAUUCUUUGUUUUUUAGCCAUCUGCUAACAUUUAUUCAUUUCUUUUAAGAAUACGCAUUUGCAGAAAACCAUUUCUUUACAAAAUACAAUUUUAUCUCAGUAGUUUUUUAGGAAGAGAAAGGCGGUUGCUUUCUUUGAAGCUAUAGGCUAAUGGCUGAACAGAGUUUACAAGUUGUUCAACAUGGCAACAAAGAUGUGGUUUUUAGUAGUUCCGGUGUCAAGAUUGAGUGCUUCUUAUCUCAUAAGAGAGUUAGUUUGAAAGCACAUGGCUUUUUUGCAAGUCUUAACCAAGCUGGAAUUGGAUUUGCCAUCUCACCGACCCCUCCAACUUCACUAGAGAAUACUGCAAAGUUCCCGUGUGCUAGCCUACACACUCAAUUUGUUUCAGUCUCUGAACCUGAGUUUCAACUUGAGAAGGUUCCACAACUGGUGUUGGAUGAUGAACUUGAGAUUGCUGAGAGGUUGGUCAAGAAGGAGAAGAAGGGUGGCUUUAAGUUGAGAAUUAAAAUUGGAAAUGAGUCGUUAAGGAGGUUGAUGAGUGGGGCAAUUGCAGGUGCGGUAUCUAGAACCGCUGUGGCUCCAUUGGAGACCAUAAAAACGCAUUUGAUGGUAGGGACUUAUGGGAAUUCUAUGAGUGAAGUGUUUGAUAACAUCAUGAUAAGUGAGGGAUGGAAAGGCUUGCUUAGGGGCAAUUUGGUGAAUGUCAUUCGGAUUGCGCCAAGCAAGGCUAUUGAGUUAUUUGCAUAUGAGACUGUUAAGAAACAGUUGACACCUGAACUUGGGGAACAUCCCAAACUCCCUCUUCCAGCCUCAUUUAUUGCUGGUGCUGUUGGUGGGGUUAGCUCUACCUUGUGCACAUACCCUCUGGAGUUGCUCAAAACUCGUUUAACUGUCAAGGAAGAUUACAAGAAUCUUUUGGAAGCCAUCGUAAAAAUUGUGCAGGCAGAAGGACCAGCAGGACUAUACAAAGGCCUUACUCCCAGUCUGAUAGGAGUGGUUCCUUAUGCUGCCUCUAAUUACUUUGCUUAUGAUACAUUAAGAAAAGCUUAUAAAAAAGCUUUUAAGAAAGAGGAAAUUGGGAAUAUCAUGACUCUUCUAAUAGGAUCAGCAGCUGGUGCAAUCUCAAGUACUGCAACUUUCCCACUUGAGGUGGCUCGGAAGCAGAUGCAGGCAGGGGCAAUUAAUGGAAGACAAUACCAGAACAUGCUUCAUGCUUUGACAAGCAUACUUGAGAAAGAAGGGAUCUGGGGGCUUUAUAGAGGCUUGGGUCCAAGCUGCAUGAAAUUGGUCCCUGCAGCUGGGAUUUCAUUCAUGUGCUACGAGGCGUGCAAGAGGAUACUAGCAGGGAAAGAAGCUCUAUGACCAUGAUAUACUUGAAAGUAGACAUUCUGGCAUCAAACAAAGAACACAUACUGUUACGAUCAUUGGGUUGAACACAGAGUAAAUUUUGCAUUGUUUUCUGUCACGGAUUUUCACAUUUUUGGGGAAUCAUCUCUAUAUAAGAUGGUUCUUUAAUUGACUUUGGAAGAAUUGUUUCUUCUUUAUUUAUCAUUAGUUGCCUAUCACGAUUUUGUUAGGGAGAGACCUUAUUUACACCUUUUUAUAGUUUGUGAAACAAAGCUACUUUCAUUUCUUUCAAACUUGAUGGGGCUGCCAUGGUUGAUUGAAACCAUUUUUAUAAUGGAGAUGAUUUUGAUCCGAAAAGGAGCUUCGAUUUGGUUGUAUGGCUGUAUCUUAUAUUUGUAAAAGAGCCCAGCUGCAUGGCUGAGAUAUUCUAAACUAAG